AUGAUGGAAUCCAGCGUAGUCACAGUCAAAAUUCAUCGAGCUGAGGGGCUCCUGUUACCCUCCAGCAAAGACAGCGCUCUUGCUGCUCAAGCAUGCAUUCGUGAAGUUGGCUCCGAUCAGAAGCCUUCCUACGGAACAUCCUUGUGGACACAGCCCUGCCCUCCUUCAAGUAACCCUUGGUGGGAAAGUCAGCAGUUUGAGCUCCGCGUUCGUAAUCCUCAAAACUCUCAGUUGAUUCUAAGCGUAUCGGACAUCAAUGCGGCAAAUCCCGCGGAUCGUUUCCUAGGCGAAGUCAUCUUGAACAUCCAUAUGCUCACUCCCUCUCGUUCUCCAAUCCGCGACAAAUUCAAGUUGACGCAAAGCCAGUAUUUCAACACAGCAGUGCGAGGAUUCAUCGAAGUUUCUAUCUGCUAUAAACCGGCAUCGUAUCCCAGCCCACGUAUUCUCCUCCAGCAGGACAGCCAGAGCAUCGCCUCCGGCGCUUCGACCAAGCCUGCAGACGCAUCAACGCCUCUGUCGACUGGAACUGUUGCGUCCAAGAACGAGGAUUGGGCCUGGCAGCCUGACGAUGUCAAGAAGCGAUGUUCGGUGCGGUUUGAAGAUGAGGUGAUGUCAAAGAAAAAAUCUGUCGAAACAGUUCAGCCUCAGCAGUCCAACUUGGAGCCGAUAGCUGAAGUUGUCAAAUGUCAACAGACGGAACCCGAGAUGCCAUGGGACUUCGUCGCGAAAUUGUUAAAACUUGAUACAAUCAAGCUUCCAGUGUAA